GGCAAAACGAUUUUUUCAUUCACUUGCGGCGACUCGUUUAUCCGGCUUUAUUCCAUCGUCAUCAGCGGCGUUUGCCAAUAGUUGCAGAUAUAUACAAAUAGAGCGAAAGCGCACGAAACCAGUCAAAAUGGCACUGUACGAAACCGUCGAAAAGGGCGCCAAGAAUUCGCCGAGCUACAGUCUUUACUUCAAAAACAAGUGCGGCAAUGUCAUCUCGCCGAUGCACGACAUUCCAUUGUACGCCAACGAGGAGAAGACCAUCUACAACAUGGUUGUGGAGGUACCACGUUGGACCAACGCCAAGAUGGAGAUUAGCUUGAAGACCCCUCUGAAUCCCAUCAAGCAGGACAUCAAGAAGGGAAAACUGCGGUUCGUAGCCAACUGCUUCCCACACAAGGGCUACAUCUGGAACUAUGGAGCCCUGCCCCAAACCUGGGAGAACCCCGACCACAUCGAACCUUCCACAGGCUGCAAGGGCGACAACGAUCCCAUUGAUGUCAUCGAGAUUGGCUACCGUGUAGCCAAGCGAGGCGACGUGCUGAAGGUCAAGGUGUUGGGCACCAUCGCUUUGAUUGACGAGGGCGAGACCGACUGGAAGAUCAUUGCCAUCGAUGUGAACGAUCCACUGGCUUCCAAAGUCAAUGAUAUCGCCGAUGUAGACCAGUACUUCCCGGGCCUGUUGCGUGCCACCGUUGAGUGGUUCAAGAUCUACAAGAUCCCCGAUGGAAAGCCCGAAAAUCAGUUUGCCUUCAACGGCGACGCCAAGAACGCGGACUUUGCUACCACCAUCAUUGCAGAGACCCACAAGUUUUGGCAGAACUUGGUGCACCAGAGCGGAACUUCUAGCUCCAUCUCCACCACCAACAUCACUAACCGCAAUUCGGAGCACGUUAUUCCCAAGGAGGAGGCCGAGAAGUUGUUCAGCGACGCCCCCGACGGCGGCCAGGUGGAGGAGGUGUCCGACACAGUCGACACUUGGCAUUUCAUUCAUCUCAAGUGAGAUGGCCUCCUCGGAUGGCUCCACCGCGAGAUCCACGAUCUAAUCGUAGUCUAAUCGAAUCGGAAAUGCUUGCACUUGUGAAUUAUUGAUAUUGGAAUAUAUAGUACGUUGAUACGUUGAAUAAAGUUUUGCACCGCAAUCAAA